AUGAAAUUUCGCAUGGAUGAUUAUGUGGAUCGCAUGCUGAGUGAGUUUCCAGUCAAGUUUAAGGACAAUGAGGUCCAGGAGACAACAGCCGGAAAUAACCUACUGGAGAAAGGUAAAGGGGCACCGCUUGAGAAGGAACGACAUGAAGUGUUCCAUUCAUUUGUUGCCAAAUCGUUAUUUUUGUCCAAACGUGCUUGUCUGGACAUCAGUCCGACAGUAUCGAUUUUAGCAUCAAGGGUGCAAUCUCCGAAUCUGAGUGAUUGGCAUAAACUAGUACGAUUGAUGAGAUACAUUCAUUCUACAAAAGGAUGGCAUCUAACAUUGAGCGCUGAUGAUUUGCGCGUGAUUAAGUGGUAUGUCGAUGCAUCAUUUGCUGUUCAUCCAGACUUCAAAAGUCAUACUGGAGCUGUGAUGACAAUGGGCACUGGAGCAGUGCAAGCAAUUACACAAAAGCAGAAAUUGAAUUGUGACAGCAGUACACAUGCUGAACUAAUUGGAGUCCAUGAUGCAAUGUCAACUAUUUUGUGGACCCGCUUAUUUAUGGAAGAACAAGGUUACCCAAUCGAGAAGAAUAUACUAUACCAAGAUAACAAGAGUUUGAUCCUACUUGAAACGAAUGGGAGAUCGAGCGCCGGAAAAAGGAGCCGUGAGCUAAACAUCCGGUAUUUCUUUGUGACAGAUCAAGUCAAAUUGGGCAACAUUAGUAUUGAACACAUGCCAACUGAUGAAAUGUGGGCAGAUUACAUGAUAAAGCCUUUUCAGGGCAAAAAGUUUCGCAAAUUCCGGGCUGUAAUUCAAGGUGACCAGGAUUAG